CGUUGGUACAUUCCAGCUGAGUUGAGCUCAAGAUGGCAGCCUCGGUGGAAGACGAGUUUGAAGAUGCACCUGAUGUGGAGCCUUUAGAGCCGACAUUAAAGAAUAUUAUAGAGCAGAGAUCACUCAAAUGGAUCUUUGUGGGGGGUAAAGGUGGCGUUGGGAAGACCACGUGCAGCUGCAGUCUGGCGGUUCAGUUAGCAGCGGUGAGAGAGAGUGUCCUUAUCAUAUCUACAGAUCCUGCUCAUAACAUCUCUGAUGCCUUCGAUCAGAAGUUCUCCAAGGUUCCCACUAAAGUCAAAGGCUAUGAAAACCUCUUUGCCAUGGAGAUCGACCCCAGUCUGGGUGUGGCGGAGCUGCCCGAUGAGUUCUUUGAGGAGGAUAACAUGCUCAGUAUGGGAAAGAAAAUGAUGCAGGAGGCCAUGAGUGCCUUCCCUGGCAUCGAUGAGGCAAUGAGCUAUGCAGAGGUCAUGAGAUUAGUGAAAGGCAUGAAUUUUUCAGUUGUGGUGUUUGACACAGCCCCCACGGGACACACACUACGCCUGCUCAACUUCCCAACCAUUGUUGAACGAGGUCUCGGUCGCCUAAUGCGGAUCAAGAACCAGAUCAGCCCCUUCAUCUCACAGAUGUGUAACAUGUUGGGCCUGGGAGACAUGAAUGCAGAUCAGCUGGCAUCUAAACUGGAAGAGACGUUGCCUGUUAUCCGCUCAGUCAGCGAGCAGUUUAAGGACCCGGAGCAGACGACGUUCAUCUGUGUGUGCAUUGCUGAGUUUCUGUCUCUGUACGAGACGGAGCGUUUGAUUCAAGAGCUGGCCAAGUGUCGCAUCGACACGCACAAUAUUAUCGUCAACCAGUUGGUUUUUCCUGAGGCAGAGCGGCCCUGCAAAAUGUGCGAGGCCCGACACAAGAUUCAGUCCAAGUACCUGGACCAGAUGGAAGAUUUAUAUGAAGAUUUCCACAUUAUAAAGUUGCCCCUGCUGCCCCACGAGGUUCGAGGAGCGGAUAAGGUCAACACCUUCUCCAAGCAGUUGCUUGAACCCUACAGCCCCCCCAAGAAUUGACUUAAAUGAUAACCACAACAUGAUCUAACCCACCAUCAUAUUUCUCCUGCUGUUCUCUGAUGCAUAUUGAUGUUCUUCAUCGUUCCGGUCAUCUUCACAUAUAGAAACACCCUAUGAAUGUUUAAUUUCUGACUGCUGACGACUACCUUAAUUUCCUCAUCACACAGUCUCUUUGCUCUCUAGCUCAGUUUUAUUUUUGGUCAUAUUAUUUAUCAUAUUUGAUAUGUAAAGAAUGUCAUCCCAGCAGGGCUCAAUUAGAAACAUAAGUCCUGAUGGUAUGUUGCUUUGUGGUGAUGGUGUUUCUGGUGCAGGCGCAUAAGAAAACCAUUCCUGGUCCAAAUUGAUAUCAGCACCGGAAUGUACCUCUGGACUCUUGAGUAAUCCGGUUUUGCCCUCCGUUAAACAGUUUUUGGACCAGUGACUGGUUCAGCUUAACCAGACAUGUUCUGACACUGAUUUUUCAGGGUCUAGUCUUUAUUGUUCAGAAUUGCAGUUAGUGGUGUAGACUUGGUCCAAACCUCUUGGGAGAUACAUUGUCUUCAAGAGAUGUUAUGAAAAAAUUUGACAUUUGGUCAACCUCUGUUUGCAGUGAACAAAACUGUAUGUACUCUGUACAAAGAUUGUGAUUCAGUUUAUCUAAUUUAAUUUCUUCAGUUAGUUAAAGUGAUUGUAUUUAUAUAGACUUGUAAUGAUUAAGAAAUUAUGUUUAGAUCUUGAAUUACAUUUUAUUUGAAAGAAAUAUCUUGUUUAUCAGCACAGCACAUACAAUAUGAAAACUUGUUUCAGUCUCUCUCUUUUUACCUUUGGCUCUGAUCCUUCUGUCUUUUGAUAGUUUUGUCCACAUGAGUCAGGAAAUCCACUUGCAAAAACACUGCAGCCUGUCAGCAAAGAGGACAAUUUGCAACACUACCACACUACUCAUAUGUUUCCUGCUUUUAUUAUCCUGUGCUUUCUUCUUGGUAACUAAAAACUAGGAUCAAAAUAAAUAAAAAAACAGACAAAUAUCGGACUGAGGGAUUUGAAUAUUUUUCUUAAAAAGUUUUCUUAAUCAGUGAAAACAAGCUUCUUAUUUAUCUUGUAACUUGUGAAUGCCUUUUUCAAAUUGGGCUUCUUUUUGUGGAAGCACAUUAUGUUUCGAAGCAAAACGUUAUCAAAUAAACAUAUUCCUAUCUACUGCAGGAA